CUCCAACUCAGCUAUAUAGAAUGCGUUUUACAUAUUUACUUAAAAUCUAUACGCCAACACAAAGUGCAUUCUAUACUAAAACCAACAUAAAAUCAAAACUCAGAUUAUUUUAUUAUUCGCUCGUUCAGUUUGGUAAUUUCUGUAAUAUUUUGUUACCAGGUUUAAAUACUUCAGUUUUAUUACUCUUAUUUACAGCAAAUACAGUCGCAAGAGAAUUGCAAGAAUAAAAUAGGUAGCGAAACCAGAAAACAUAGAACUAAGAGCGAGAAAAAAUCUACAAAACGUGAGAACUCCUGCUGUCUUUGACUUCUGAAGACCCUGAUUCACCUGCAGAAGUUUUUCCUAUAUAUUUAAAUGUAUACUUUGAACAGAAUUACAUCCAUCAACUCUUUACUGAUUGACUUAUUAGGUUUAUUAGGCUUAUUAUCAUUAUUACGAUUAUAAACUAUCAAAACUUCAUUCGGGUUACUUCGGGUUGAUAUUAGUUAGACUUUUUUUUACUAUUUGAUUGGUGUUAAUCCACUAAUUUCCUAAAUCUCCCUGCUUCAAUUUGAAAGUAUAACCUGCUCGACUUCAUUUUUACAUUGCUACUCCAUGAACGAAAUUAUGGAGAAGGUUCCUUUUUGGGCAACUCAUUCGGAGCCUGGCCAUCAGUCAUCAUCGAGCACAUUCCAACAGCAAAAAUGGUUCGCUCAUUCAUACUCGGAACCUAUAAAGUUUGACUGGAAUCAGGUGUAUUGCCAAAAGAAUGGUCAAAACAGGGAACAGCCAGAGCGCAUGGAUUGUUCUGGGAACGUUUGCUCUCAAGAAAGUUUGCUCUCAACGAAUCAGCGCAAGGAACUCGACUCAGCUGGAGUUGAGCAACAAGAGAGCGUUGAAUCAAUUUUGGACCAAAUUAAAGCAGGCAAACUUGAAGCAAGCACUCCAAUUCUGACUAGUGUGUGCACUAAGAAAAACUUGAUUUGCAUCAAGGCGGAGCAGGUCAAAUUACUUCAACGGUUCGCAGAAGAUAUGGAAGGGAAAAAAGGGUUCGAGACAUUGAGAACUCGUCCUGUUAAUCUCUUGGUCGCAGGCACGAAAGGAAAAUCUUCUGGAGAAGCUGUGAAUUAUGGCAAAAACGACGAUUGUCUCAAUUGCGAAGUGGUUGUGAAAGUGUUUCUGAAUGGUGCUAGAAGUGAGGUUGGGAAGUCUGUGUCUGUGUGUGUAUCAGUUGUGAACAGAGACGAUGACAAACAGAAUGUUCUAGAAGGUGAUGACAAGCAGCAUGUUCCAGAAAAUCGGAAGCUAGUUGUCUCGAUUUAUCUGAAACAUCCCAACAAGGAGAAGCCUUACAGGAAAGACUUCACGAUGGAUUUCUGUCCUAAACUGGAGGAGAGAGAAAAGGGACUGUUAAAGCUCAUUUCGAAAGAGAAACUGGACGACUACCUUGCAGAUGACGGUUCGGUCACUUUCGGUGUGUCUGUGAUUCUAUUAGGAUCAAACGCCCACACCGAGGAGUGAUUGUUGCCGCAAUUAUGCCAAACAAAAAUCUUUCAAAUGAAAAAAGAAUUGUCAUUUUGAUAACUAUCGACCUCCCCUAUAGUACCUAGUGAACAACUUCCCACUCGCAAGAACGAUUUCAAGUUGAACACAUGCAAACUUGUCACAAAGGGGGUAGUUUGUUCAUAACUAACAAGGUCCAAAUAUCGAUUAUUUGAAAAUGAAAUGGAAAAUUAAAAAAAUGUGUACAAUUUUGCCUAGCGUUAGUGGAAAAUAUAUGCUUCAACAAUUCAA